AAGAAUACAGUAAGCCAAUAAUCGUGUCACUUGUAUGUAGGUUAGAUAGUCUCUUUAAUUGCAUAUACACACAUACAUAUAAUAAAACACAACAAAAUAUUACGGCGAGAGGACUAUUUAUUAUAUUCCCUUUCUCUGUUUGAAUGCUAAUAUAAAAGCAUAUUGAAAUUUAUUCGUAAAAACGGAGUAUUUUAUAAUGGCAGAAACUGUUUUAAGUUCCGGUGAAAAGACUUUCAUUCUCCAUGGAAUAGAUGCAGACUUUAGAAAUGAUGGUAGGCAACGAUGCGAAUAUCGAUCAAUGGAAAUUGAAACUAAAUUAAUGCCACAAACACAUGGAUCAGCAAGAUUACGCAUAGGAAAUACGGAUAUUCUUGUUGGCAUUAAAAUAGAACUUGAUGUACCUCACGCUGACAGAUCAAAUGAAGGAAAAUUAGAAUUUUUUGUUGAUUGUUCUGCUACUGCAACUCCAGCAUUUGAAGGAAAAGGUGGUGAUGAUUUAGCAACUGAAAUAAGUAACAUUUUAACAGCUGCUUAUCAAACGCGUAAUGCUUUUGAUUUAAGAACAUUAUGUAUUUUACCUCAUAAGAAAUGUUGGAAAAUAUAUGUUGAUAUUUUGAUUCUUCAGUGUGGUGGCAAUCUUUUUGAUGCAGUAGGAAUUACGGUUAAGGCUGCAUUAAAUAGUACAGAAAUACCAAAAAUUACAGCUGCUACUCUGGAUGGUGGAGAACCAGAUAUUGAAUUAUCAGAUGAUGCUUAUGACUGUAUACAAUUAGAUACCAGCAAUUAUCCAAUUAUUGUUACACUGUGCAAAAUUGGUGAUAAUUAUAUCGUGGAUCCAACCUUGGAAGAAGAAGUAUGUAGUGCAAGUAGUAUUGUCAUGUCUGUAUUACCAAAUGGUAAAGUUUCAUCAGUGAUUAAGUUGGGUUAUGGGAGCAUUCAGUCUAAUACCUUUAUCAAAAUGUUGCAAUAUGUUUCCAGAUGGGUAAAGAUAUAGGAUUGCAAUUAAAUGAAAGUCUUAUGAAAGCACUGAAAAAAGAAAGUCAACUUGGACAACGAAGACAAAUAUUAGGAUUUCUUAGAUAAAUAUUUGUAAUAAAUAUAAGUAUACCUUUAAUCCUAAAUAUAAUUUAAUUUUACGCAUAAA